GGCUUCCAUGUGCAAGGGGAAGGCGCAUCCAGGGACCGCUCGGUGGACUAUACGUGAAACGUCCGGCGUCCAACUUGCCAGCCUCAAGGCUAGCGUUAAUUUUCGUAACUGCCUCGUGGGUUGUGGCACCAAUUGCUAUAAAGCCCACACAAUUCCUUGCCGUAUAACGAAAUAUCUUCUGUACCUCAUCGGAUACACGUCAUAAGCACAAUGACUCAAUGCACCAACAAGCCCUCCGGACCUAUCCGUCGAAGAUUAAGGCUUCUUAACAAAGCUGUGCAGUUUUUAUCGCGCCUAGAUGGUCGAGGGCCUCACACAAUACACGAGGCGUCCCUAAACACUUCGUUCCAUUCCCUUCCGUUAAGUCAGGAACAAAGCCCUUCCAUACAUUCAACAUUUGAUUUCCACUCAAUCCCUGAUAUGCCUGACCAGCAACUCGCACUCAUCACCCCAUCCAAGCAAGCGUCCUUUGCCGUCGCUAGCCGUAAAAUACCCAAGCCAGGUCCUGGCGAAGUCCUCGUCAAACUUCAGGCCACUGCGCUCAACCCUUUCGAUGCAAAGGUCCAUAAAGAUGGUACAUUCAUCGAGAGCUAUCCUGCAGUGCUGGGUACCGACGGUGCUGGCAUUGUCGAAGAAAUUGGAGAAGGCGUUACAAAAUUCAACCCGGGGGAAAGAAUAUUCUUCCAUGGUGCCUUUGACGAUAACGAUCUCGCAACCUUUCAGCAGUAUUGCGUAGUCACAACUGAUUUCGCAGCUAAGGUCCCGAGAAGCUUAUCGCUCGACGAAGCAAGUACUAUCGCAUGCGGACUUGGCACAGCUGCGAUCGGGAUGUACGGUACUAUCAAUGGUAUCGGUCUCAUUCCGCCUUGGGACCGCGGUGGGUGGUCCAAGUACAAAGGUUGGCCUAUCUUGAUCUUCGGUGGUGCCGGCUCUGUGGGCAACUACGUCAUCCAACUGGCGAAGCUAUCGGGAUUCUCACCUAUCAUUACCACUGCCUCGUUGAAGCACACGGAACACCUGAAAAGUCUCGGAGCAAACCACGUUAUAGACAGGUAUCUUCCACUACCGGCACUUAAACAAGCCGUAAUGAAAAUCACGGGCUCUCGCAUACAUAUAAUGUACGAUUCCAUAUCCACGGCAGAGACGCAGGAGGCUGGUUGGUCGUUGCUUGCGCCCGGAGGGAAGCUUGUUGUCACACAACCAUCCUUGAUUAACAAGGACAUCCAUGACACCAGGCAGGUGGUUCCUGUAGAUGGAAGCCCGCAAUCAGACGAGAACUGGGAAACGGGGAAGAGGCUAUGGGCUCAUCUUGAGAGAUGGGUCGAAGAUGGUCACAUACGACCAAACCACGUCGAGUUAUUAUCUGGUGGGCUGCGUGCAAUACCAGAUGCGCUCGAGAGAUUCAACGCCGGGAAGGUAGAUGGUGUGAAAAUGGUAGUUCGGCCGCAAGAAACUUGAACAAUUUUUGCAUGUACGGAUCUUGGACCAUAUAUGAUCAUUAUCUUAUCUAGAUACCAUUGUAUUAUCUCCAUUUCAUCAUUUUGCAUGUGUCAUCAUUUCAAAUGGUCGAGUCGUAUAAAACACGUAUGGAACCCCUAUGUAGAGUCUCUCC